AUGAAACACCAUCUUGCUAGCGUGAAAGGGGAUAUUGAUGCGUGUUCGAAGAUUACUGCAGAUGUGCGAUUUAAGAUAAUGAGUGCACUGAAAGAAAUUGAAAGCAAGAAGAAGAAAAAUAUUGUUUUGGAUGAUACGAACUUAGAUGGUCCUGAAAUUCAUGAUGUUGAUGGAGAUGAUAUCGAUGUUGGCCCAAGUCAAAAGAGGAGGAAACAAGGAAUUGAUCUACAUGAAUACUUUAAAAGAGGUGUGCAUGAUCAGACUCAACCUACUAUCAAAGCUUGUUUGCAGAGUAAAGAGAUAAUACAUGAUGUGGAUAUGUCUAUUGCAUUGUGGUUUUAUGAUGCUUGUAUUCCGAUGAAUGCUGUGAAUUCUCCACUUUUUCAGCCUAUGAUGAGUAAGGUAGCAAGUAUGGGUCAUGGAUAUGUAGGCCCUUCAUACCAUGCUCUGCGUGUUGGAUUGUUGCGGGAUGCUAAGGUUCAAGUUUCUUUGAUCAUUGAUAAGUUUAGAAGUACAUGGAGUAGUACUGGAUGUACUCUUAUGGCAGAUGGAUGGAAGGACACAAGACAAAGGCCACUGAUUAAUUUCUUAGUUUAUUGUCCUAAAGGAAUUACAUUUCUCAAGUCAGUUGAUGCUUCUGAUAUCUAUGCAAGUGCUGAGAAUUUAUGCAACUUGUUUGCUGAACUUGUGGGUAUGAUCGGUUCAGAUAAUGUGGUUCAUUUUGUGACUGAUAGUGCACCCAACUACAAAGCUGCAGGAAAGCUUCUUGUUGAAAAGUUUCCCACCAUUGCUUGGUCUCCAUGUGCAGCUCAUUGUAUCAAUCUGAUUCUGGAAGAUGUUGUGAAACUCCCUUUUGUUCACAAUUUAGUGCAUUGUAUGUCUAAGGAUGGUGGUGGUUUAGAAUUAUCUCGCGGCACAAGGAUGAACAGUCGCGGACAUAGCAGCUGGUACGGUGGUUAUGGUAAGUGGUACUUAGGACAUGGUACGCGAUACGUAAGACAUGGCAUUGGCUACGGCUGGUGCAGCAAGUGGAGACUCUAG